GAGCCGUUUGUCCGUGUGUUGCCGGUUGAGUGUUUGUGACGCCGGGGCUGUCUGACUUGUGUCUGGCAGUUUGAACAGUGCGGGGCUGAACUCUGAAGUGGCCGGCGGAGUGACAGCCCGCGCGCGGCUCCCUGACAGAUCACCUGCCUCGCGCGCUGCACUGCCCGCCGCGUCUGAACCAGCGGGACGGAAUAGCCGCCUCCCUCCGCUCGCCGGAGCGUCGCCGUGCCGCACUGACAGUCGUGCUGUGACGCUGAAAUAACGCUCGGUGUGCGGACGUUACUCCGACGUUACACCGGGGGGGAAAUGAGGACUCGGAGCUGCGCGGAGGGAUGCCCGAAGCCCGCGCGCACGGCUCUCGUGCGGACAGAGUUGGCGGGGUCCGAGCAGCUUCGGCUUUGUACACGCGCUCUGCUUGUAAUGCUACUUUGUACGUUCAAGUGUCAACACAGACUUGCGGCGGCUCGCGCGCGCUGUCAGACAAACUUUGCUGGCAGCAUGGCCGCCCCGGGUUCAGGAUACGUGUGUUUUUACUUCGCAGUCGCUCCGACACUAAUUUGCUCCAGUGGAGCCCAAAAGGGCUGCUCCGAACCAGCCAGUACCGUGACAUUGUACCGGAAACCUUGGCGUAUAUUGGUGUGUGUGUGUGUGUUUUCCACGGUAGAGCCUUUAAGACGCGUCGCCGCGUUUCCACCGUGACAGCGCCGCCUGAUGAAGCUCCUCACGACGCCGAGUUCAACGCGGUUUGUUUUUCUUGACAGAUGCGCUCAGAGUUGGUUUUAAUGCAAAGUGUCAUUUAAGAGGUUCGUUAGACCGUGCUCGUGCUCAGGAGCGGGUUCCCCCAUCCGACUGUGUGUCGGUCCAUAACACCAGCUGUGUGUCGGAGGUGGAGCGAGGAGCCGCUGUUCGGGCAGACCAGGAUGCGCCUGGUGUCAGAUGAACUGUGGUGUGCGGGUUAAAGUUAAACUCCCAGUCUCCUUCAUCAAUUGAUUCAACUCAUCAUUGUUUGACAGUCUUUGUGUUCCCGACUGGAAGGUCAUAAUGCGCCACCUUUAAAUAAAUAUAUAUAUAAUUAUCUGAGUUUUUGGUCCUUUUAUGUUGUUCUGUGCUUCUAUUUUCGGACGUGUCCAGUUACAGACUAAACUUUGAGAAGAAAAUAACGUCAACAAUUCGCGUGCGCGUUAUAAUAAAGCCAAUUCCGCCUCAAAACUUGACAAAAUGGCUUGCGCAGCAGACAGCUGCAUACAGUUCACACGCCAUGCAAGUGAUGUCCUGCUCAACCUGAACCGGCUGCGGAGCAGAGACAUUCUCACCGACGUCACCAUCCUGGUUAACGGGCAGCAGUUUCGCGCACACAAGACCGUUCUGAUGGCCUGCAGUGGGCUGUUUUACAGCAUCUUCACCGACUCCCACAAGUGCAACCUCAACGCCAUCAGUCUGGACCCAAAGGUGGACCCAGAGGGCUUCGCCAUCCUGCUGGAGUUCAUGUACACCUCCCGGCUCACGCUAAAGGAGAGUCUGAUCAUGGCGAUCAUGAACACGGCCGUCUACCUGCAGAUGGACCACGUCGUGGACACCUGCCACAGAUUCAUCAAAUCCAGCGAUCCGUCCGCUAAGCUGCCCAGAGACGAGUUCUUGGUCAGUCCCUUGGUCUUACCUCAGGAUGUCCAUGCGUACCGGCCCCACGAUGUUGUCGACAGUUUGCACAGCCGCGUAGCUCCGUUCAGGGAUGGGAGGCCCUACGGCUCAAACAUGUUCAACGGGGUCAGCACCCCCAGCAACUACCAUCUCUACGGGCAGUUUCCCAUGCCAGGAUUCCCCUUCCCUCUCUGCAAACUGACCGAUACCAAAAACGCUUUUUCCGACCUCUCUAAGAGUGGCAUCCACCACAGGCACUGCGCCCCGCAUGACAGCGCCAACAUCAUCCGGGCGGAAUACGACAGGGCAGUUGGUGCCGGCUCCUCCGGCAUCAUUCACUCCACAUACGCUUCCAGGGAGCUCGGGAGGGACGACGAGAUGCGGAGGGAGAGCCACGAGGGGGUCGGCCAAUCCAUCGCCCACGGCACAAGGAAGCGCGCGUUUCCGACUCUGAGCCUGGAACACCAGAGGGACUCUGUAAAGGAUCACGCCCCCCAGGCGGAGGAGGACCUGAUCCAUCACCACUACCCGCUGGGGAUCUCCACCGCUGGACGCAAGGGCCUCAUGAGCAGCCCGCAGAGCCCCCUCAAAUCAGACUGCCAGCCCAACUCCCCGACGGAGUCGAGCAGCAGCAAGAACGCCGGCCUCUCCCAAGCGGCAGCCGGCGGGGGCGUGCAGACUCCGCAAGGCUCGCAGGACCCCAAGUCCCGAAACUGGAAGAAGUACAAGUUCAUCGUGCUGAAUCAGAGCGCGACGGAAGAGGAAGAGGAGGCGGGUCUGCGGGACCUCAGGCUUCGUUCCCCUCAGCGCCUCGGCCUGCAGCCUUACCUCCACCCCAGCGACUCAGAGAACCUGGACCCGCAAGCCACCAGCAAGAGCAGCGCUCACAGCGAGGACCUGCCCGUGCCCCAGGCUAGUCGCCUCAACAACAUCAUCAACAAUGCACUGGAGGGCUCAGUGAGGACGGGUGACGGCCCCCAUCCACACUACCUGAGCCGGCUGAACUGCUCGUCCUGCGGCACGCCGUCCCCGCAGCACUCCGAGGUGUGUCCCAAUACCCCCAGGUCUCGCCUGGCAGAGGACAUGACAGAGCUGCACUCCGAAUACUCCGACUCCAGUUGCGAAAACGGUACGUUCUUCUGCAACGAGUGCGACUCCAAGUUUGCCGAGGACGAGGCGCUGAAACGGCACAUGCUCCAGAUGCACAGCGACAAGCCAUACAAAUGUGACCGCUGCCAGGCGGCUUUCCGAUACAAGGGCAACCUCGCCAGCCACAAGACCGUCCACACGGGGGAGAAGCCGUAUCGCUGCAACAUCUGUGGCGCUCAGUUUAACAGACCAGCUAACCUCAAGACUCACACUCGCAUCCACUCAGGAGAGAAGCCAUAUAAAUGUGAGACGUGCGGAGCUUGUUUUGUACAGGUGGCUCAUCUGCGCGCCCACGUGUUGAUCCACACGGGUGAGAAGCCAUAUCCGUGCGAGAUCUGUGGAACGCGCUUCCGUCACCUGCAGACGUUGAAGAGCCACCUGCGCAUUCACACGGGGGAGAAGCCCUACCAUUGCGAGAAAUGCAACUUGCACUUCCGCCACAAGAGCCAGCUGCGGCUGCAUCUGCGGCAGAAGCACGGCGCCAUCACCAACACCAAGAUCCAGUACCGCAUGUCGACGGCGGACAUGCCCACCGACUUGACGAAGGCUUGCUGAGACACACGGAGAGGACUGGUUUCGGCGAGGCGGCAAUCUUGACCUUGGCAUUUAAAAAGAUCCGAACUUGUACAAUCAUCCAAAAUUGUAGUGCCACACUGUGUUCAUUAGACGGAUCAAUGGGCUGUGUAUGCCAUUCUAAACGGGUUUCCACUACAUGUGAACGUAGAGCCGCGAACGGCGUCUUGGUCACUUUAUUGUUUCUAUAUAGAUAUAAAUAUAUAUGUGUAUGUUUGGAGUGUUUCUAAACUUUGAAGGUACCUAUAUAAAGAUUUAUUUUGUUGACAGAAUGUAAACAAUCAGUAUUUUAUAUCAGAACUUACUUUUCUGAAAGUAUGGAACAUUUCGAUCGAUGAGUGGUUCAUAUAUUUUGGGAUUCCCAGAUUUGCGGCCGCACAGUUGGUUUUUUAUGUAGAUGUUUGUACAUGUUGCACCAUGUCAAUUUGCCAUAUUCAUGUGAACAGGGGAGGGGAGAAGAAAAGAAAAGGAAGAAACAUUGUUAUUGGAUUUUGUCAAACAUAUCAGACGACUGCUGCCGUCUGAGGUUCUGCAUGAGGUACUCUUACCGUUGUCAGCGCACAUGAAGUGGGCACACGGCAUUAAUAUUGUGUAAUUAUAUCUGUGGGAUUGCGCUCUGCUGGCAGAGCCAAUCCAAGUAUUGAAAUGCAUUUUGAGGCUUUGUUAUGACCAAGAAAAUGUUUUGCUUUGAGUGUAUUUGUAUAGAUGUGACUUGUUUGUUUUCCAUAAGUGAAUGUUUACAGUUUUGCUCAUUACAGUUCUAGCUCCUACAGUAACUUGUAUGUGUCCAGGUUUCUUUUCUCUGUUUGUACAUACACUGUGUAUUCAAUGUGCCUUUCUCUAUGGCGUCUGAAUCCUUCCCUGUUCAGCCCAGCUCUAUUUAAAAAAAGAAAAAAAAGGUACAACUCUUGGGACACCACUUGUCCUAAUCUCCCCCCAUCCCGUGUGUGUAUAUGUAUAUAUUUUUAAAUGCUUGUCACAGACCCUAAAGAUGCAAAAUUCAUCAUUGUAAAUCUUCAGGACUUGUUUUUUGGAUUGGGCUUUUUAAGAAAGAAACUGAAAAAGAAAAAAAAAGCAUUGAAGUUAUUGUGCAAUGUUCUAGAUGUAUGAAUGUAAAAUAAAAAGUACUUUAUUUGUAUCUACUAACA